AUGGAUAGAUUAAGCCAACUAGCCGGUAGUGGCAAAUCACCAAAGGCCAAAGCUAUUAGGGCUGGACAUGGGGGUAUCAACUCUAUAGCUCCACCUGGUGAGAGAUCUAUCAACCAAAUUAGAAUGACUCUCUCUCAGUUUAUUGACGCUUACUCGAAAGGUAAAUGGAACAUUUCUGACGUGCCUUGCCCACCAUGCUUUGACAAAUCGAAAGGCUUUUUCCAACCACCAGAAUGUUACAAUGAACUUACUAGGAGCAAAGUUGCUCAGCAGUAUAUUGACUUGCCCCAUUGGAAUGAAGCUUAUAUUUUCAAAAAAAUAAUUAGCAAAAUAAGGAAAGAAUUCGGCAUUAAUGGUAUUUCUAUUUCUGUUAUUGAUGGAACGAAAACUUUGAUAAAAUUUGAACAUUUGUUAGGGCUAGUUGAUAUCCCAAGAAUUGCAUCCAUUGAUUCUCAUACGAUAUUAUCACAGGGAUAUUUUUUGUUAUUAAAUGCGUCGGAAGAUUGGAGAACUCAGUCGAAUCCAUUUGUGAAUGGAAUACCGCAUAUUAAGUUUUAUCUAGGAGUCCCUUUGACCAACAAGAAUGGAAUAAAUAUUGGAGUAUUAUCCAUAUUUGAUUCAUUUGUCCGUCGGGAAUUUCUGCCAGAUAAAAUUAGAUCAUUUCAAUUAUAUGCAAAAGAAAUCAUGAAGAUUUUGGAGACCCCCAUAAGCAUUGUCCAAGUCAAAUUUUCCAUUUAUAAACCAAUCCAGUGUGAAACCCACUCAGAUAAUUAUGCAGAUGAUAUCAAAAAAUUGGCAAAGAAGAUUGGCAGGGCAACUAGUAAAGGCGAGCAAAUGUUCAAUAUUUUCGAAAAAGAUGGAUCGGGUGGACCAUAUAGUCCAAACCAUACCUUUAGAUUCAAGCGGAACAGUGAGGAAUUCAAUGUCAAAUCGAGCCAGAUACUUUUCGAAAAGAUGUUGAAUGCGGGCAACAUCAAGAAUGGGGCAGCUCAAUUAUCAAAGUUCAUAGUCAAUGACAUAGGAAUUGAUUUUGCAUACAUUCUUGAAAUCAGAAUAGCAGAGUCCUACCUCAUUGGAAAAGAAUACUUUCCAUCAAAACAGAAGGAAAUUGAUGUUAAUAAAUUCACAUUUUCCAGUAAAUUAGUUAAAGACACGAGUAAGAACGCCCAUAACGACUGCAUCACUAGGAUUAUAGGUUACCAUGGUUGCAAUUAUGCCAAUUUGAAUAUCGAAGAUGAAAUCCACAGUGCUGCAUUUUCAUCAGAAUUUGGAAUCCAUUAUCAAAAUUCACGCCAAACUUCACUUCAUAAUGAUGGGAUCUUAAUUCCUUUUUUCAGACACAACUCAAAGCUAGUUAGGAAGCAUAGGGUCAAGAAGGCAAAUGAGCAAAAUCAAGGAAGUAAUGAUGACAUUGAUCUUUAUUUUAGAUCUGGUGGCUAUCUAGUUGCUUGCUAUAAUGAAGGAAUUAAACCAGAUUCGUUUAAUCCCGAGAUCAUAUCCGAAAUUUUUGAAUAUGCAACUAUUCUAAGGAAGAUAUACUUGUCUAGCUGA